AUGCUGUUCUCCCAAGACCGAGACCUUGACGUGCCAGGCACAGAGCUACUAGUUGACACCCAGCAUAAUUUGGAUCUCGCUCACGAUGGCUCGGAUAUCAUCUUGUUGCCACAUCCAACGGCCUGCGAGGGUGACCCGCUGAACUGGUCGAGAUGGAAGAAAUACUGGCAUCUUCUCCUUAUCUCGAUCUAUGCUUGCGUUUUCUCAUUUGGUGAGAACAACACCGGCGACGCCUACACGACCAUUGUAGAAAUGACCGGAUCAACGAUGACCAUCAUGAACGGCGGCGGUGCCCUCAACUAUUUAUUACUAGGUCUGGUCAACAUCUUCUGGAUCCCCGCCGCCAUGAAGAUUGGCCGGCGAUUCUGCUUCCUCGCGACAUUGCUGCUCUGCAUUGGCUCGUCGCUCUGGAUGGGUGCCUUCCAUACAGCAGGGGAAUGGUUCGGUAGCAACAUUCUCAACGGACUUGGGACCUCGGCCUACGAAGCAGCCAUUCAGCUUGUUGUCUUUGAUCUAUUCUUCGACCACCAACGCGGCCGUAUGCUAGGGGUUUACAUUUUUGCUCAGCAGCUAGGUUCGAUCAUCGGGCUGGUGGCUGGUGGCUAUAUCUCUGAUGGACCGGGCUGGCGCUGGGCACAAUGGGUUGUGUCCAUUGCUGAAGGCAUUUUAAUCGUCGCCUUCUUCUUCACUUUCGAGGAAACACUGUUUCCCCGGUUUCUCUUCACCUCCACCCCGACACUUCCCACAAACAAGGCUACAACACUAGCCCAGGCAGAUGCUGCCACAGGGGAUGGGACAGGGACCAGGAAGGAAAAAGAGCCAGCCAUCGCAGAUAAUGUCAGUGUUGAAGAAGGUACAGCUACGAAUACACCGGGACCUUCUCAAUUCCCUAAGCGGACGUUUCGGGAGAAGCUCAGGCUGUGGGUUUACUAUCCGCAAGAUCAUACGUCAUAUUGGAUGUACUUUAAACGACCAUUCUUCUUGUUGAGAUUCCCCAACAUCGUCAUCGCUGCUGUUAUCUUUGCAUUUGGCUGUACUUCGGGUAUUGUCACCAACAACACCAUCUCGGAAACGCUAUCGGCUCCUCCAUACAACUUCACUGAUGGUCAGACGGGUCUCGUGUACAUCUCCGCCCUAGUUGGUAGUGUCAUCGGCUACCUCACAAGUGUUCUGGGUGACAAGAUCGUGAUCUACCUCGCCCGGCGAAACGACGGUAUCAAAGAGCCCGAAAUGCGCUUGUGGGCACUCGUCCCAUGCUUCAUCUAUGCCGGACUGGGGUACGAGAUAUAUGGCUGGGGAGCUGAGACAGGCUCACACCGGAUCACAAUUGCAGUGGGCAUUGGAAGCAUGAUUGCGCAGCAAGUGGCUGCUACCUCUACUGCAACGGCGUACGCAAUGGAGUGCUUCCCCGGUGUGGGUGGAGAAAUUGUUGUCAUUCUUGCUAUAUGCAGUUCCUUCAUCAAUUUUACCAUCUCAGAGACGACGCAGCCGUUUCUAAAUGCUGUGGGGAUGGGGUAUUUGUUCUUGUUCUACGGUAUCUGCGUGGUGCUGUCGUUGGUGGCGGGCAUGGCAGUGUAUAUUUGGGGAAAGAAGUGGAGGAGACGGUGUGCACCACGGUAUUAUGAGUUCCUGGCGCAGAGAGGGGGAAAUAUCUAA